AACAAAUGUUGAUAUUCCUGUUUUUGCUGUUUCUUUCAGCUCCACUAUGCAAGUUUGUAUUGUAUCCAGUGAUAUACGCGUUCCUUAAAUGGAGACAUCCGGUCAAAAAGUUCACUGCUCCAACUGCAAAGAUUCGUGACAUUAUAAACCCUGAUAAAGAGGAAUGGGAACUGGAACAUAUUAAAAAUGAAGAAAUUCUAACAAUUAGCGGUUCUGGAGAAGAUAAUAGUUUUGUGUAUAUUCAAGUUAUAACAAAGAAUGAAAUUCAUUUUGCUCAUAUUCGAGUUUUCGAAAAAGGAAUUCUUUAUUCCGGAUCAUACAAAGCAGUAUUCUCCGAUAAUCGAACAAUUUCAUGUGGACCAUUGCUAAUUGAGCUUCGAAACCCAUUCCGUAAAUGGAGAAUUAAUUUCCGUGGAUACCUGAAUGAUGCUAAAGGCAACUCUCAUUUUGUUAUACUUUCGGGAUGGUGGAAAUGUGUGUCGAAUGCUAGAUUUUUCUAUUCAAAUGCUCUUUUGAAGUCAUUCAAUGAAAUUUACAAUGACAAACCAACUGCACUGAUUGAGAAUUUGAAAACUAUCGAAAAGUACCGAAAAGGAAAUGUGUUAAACCAAAUGGGUGAAUAUCACGCAGAAAUCAAAAUUGGGAAAGAUGAAGUUGUCGAACAUAGAUAUAGAGGACUUCGUCAUAGAAAUCCAUUAGACUUGGAGACAAGUUCUACACAUUUUCAUACAUACCUGAGCGAUGCAAAUGCAAUUUCCUAUCGUGUCAACUCUGUAGAUGAAAAGAAAUCAGUUAGUCACGGAGUGGGAUUCCGUUCAGAUCACAGUGCUCGUCCAAUAAUUAUUGAUAAUUCUCAUUCCCUUGAGUCAGAUAAUAUGCUUCCAGUUCAAUUCAAAUAUGUUUCACGUGGACUUCUCCCUCUUGAAAUGAGAAAAGGACGAAAAUUAUGUCAUUUCACGUUUAUUCGAGAAGACAACAAGGUUGUCGACGUUACUGCGUUAGAAGUUAAUUCUGCAAUUUUUACGGGAGUUGGAUUUGUGGUUAGAGUGAGAGAGGCAAUUCAUGAAGUUACAACUAAACUUCCCGAUAGUUUCCCGGAAUAUCAUGCAACUGAAUCAGAAAAGAUGAAAUCAGUAGUCUCAUUCAAUCACAGAGCAUGUCAGGAUAAAAUGUUAACUGGCGGAAAAGGUGCGAAUUUAGCAAGACUUCAAGCAAUCACCGAUGAUUUCCAUGUGCCUCCUGGAAUAGUUGUCACUACCGCAGCUUUCAACAAGCAUGUAAUUGCGAAUCCAAAUGUUUUAGAAGAAAUAAAACUUCUCGAUAUCAACGAUAAAAAUGCCGAGUAUUAUGAGGAUGUUGGUAAAAGAAUUGAAGGGCUUCUUUUCGAAAGUGAAGUGUCUCAAGAACUGCAAAAAGAAAUUAAGGAGUGGUUACCGCGUUCUGAAUACUAUGCAGUAAGAUCAUCUGCAGUUGGAGAAGAUGGAGCAGAUCUUUCAUCAGCUGGACAACUGGAAAGUUACUUGGAUGUGAUUGAAAUUGAUAUAGUUGAUAAACUGAAGCUGUGUUGGGGCUCUAAUUUUAGAAGAGAAGUAUUGAAUUACAGAAAAAACUACGGUCAGCAGCUUAAUCCGUCAAUGGCUGUAGUUAUUCAAGAAAUGGAUCGAAACGGAGUGGCUGGAGUUAUGUUCACCGCAAAUCCAGUAAAAUUAGAUCGUGGAGAAAUUGUGAUAAAUGCAUUGAAAGGAAGUGGGGAACAAAUUGUGAGCGGUGUGACGACACCAGAUGAGAUUUACGUAAAUCGAAUCCAUAAAACGGUGGUCAUAAAUAAAGUUGGCGUCGAUUGUUGCUUGGAUGACUAUCAGAUUGAGAAACUUACCAAAGUUGGAGAGUACUUGGAGAGAAUAUUUGGAAAACCUCAAGAUAUUGAAUUUGUUGUUAGAAAUCAAAUGGUUAAUAUUGUUCAAAGUCGAGAUAUUACUGGUUUGGAUAAGGAGACUCAAUUUGAAAUGUGCACAGAAUAUAAUUCGCCAAGUAUUCAUGACAAAGAAAUUCUAACAAAUGCAAAUGUUGGAGAAGUUCUUCCAGUUCCGGUUAAUGCCAUGGAAGCUCAUAAUUUAACUGGAAUGUUUGAUAAAGUCAUUGCAUCAAUGACAUUUCAAGAGCUCAAUGAUGUUGUGCCGGCACAUACUUCAAUCGGCUUUUCCGUUGCACACCGUAAAAUAUUUUUCAAUUUGGGAGAAGUUGUUCUUCGAAUUUGGGAACUGGUUGAAAAAGAUCGAAUUACUGAUAUAGUGAUUGCUGGAGAAACUCUUUUCAAUGCGGAAAUGUUCCAACAAGCAGCUCAUCAAUACGGAAAAGUUUCACCUUUCUUUCCGUUGAAGAGAAUGUUCAACAUGAUCAAGUUAAUAUAUUUUACAUCAAACAGUGUGAAGGCGAAAAUUGUCAAAAUCGACGAGGAAGCAAAGAAACUGGUGCCAAAUGAUAAAAUGACGAUUGAGAUAGUAUUCAAAAAAUAUGACGAGCUUGAGAAGUUGUGGUGUGAUGCAAGCCAUUGUCACACCAGUCUUUCAAUGUUCUCUUCUUUCACAUAUGUGCUAUGUGGAAUGCUUAUUCGUGGAAGUGACAAUGGACCUCUUUCCAAUGACAAUAUAUCCGAUUUUGCCAAUGUGUUCUCCAAUAACUCUCGUGGAGAUGUAAUCAGUGCUGACGUUCCAAAUUCUUUAAAGAAACUUGCAAAAACCAUUCGAGAAGAGAGUAUUGAUAAAGAAUUUUGUGCUGCAGAAGACGAUGAGGCUUUGAAAACACUUGAAAACGGAAAGAAAAGCUCUGACGAAUUGAGAAGAUUUCUAGAAUUGCAUGGACAUCGAGGGCCGAAAGAACUUUAUUUAGAUGCUACCACCUGGGAAGAGGACACCAAUUUAUUAGUUCAUACAAUUAAAAGUAUGUUGGCUUGCCCAGAAACGUCUGGGAAGACUAUUGAGAAUGAAGAUGAUAUUAUUGAUAACUUGAAAUGCAAGCCGACUGGUAUUAGAAGAAGACUUUUGAAAUAUUUCAUCGGUCAGACACACCGUGGAGUUUCAUUUAGAGAAACAGCAAAAAAUCAUUUAGUUUCCACGACACAUUCUCUUCGAAAGGCAUGCAGAAUGGUUGGAAAGAAGUUGUAUGAAAAAGGAUAUCUUCCUGAUCCAAAUCUUUGGAUGCACUUCUCAAUGGACGAACUUAAAGAAUUGAAUGCAACAAGAAGUGCAAAACUUGUUUCCAGAGCAAUCAGAAGAAAACAGAUUUCAUCGAAGUUUGAAGGUCUCCAAUUUCCACUUGUUUCUCAUGGAUACAUGAAUCCAAUUAAAAUAGAAAUCGCUGAAACUGAUGCAAAUAUUGGUAUCAUUCUUCGAGGAACUACAGUAUGCGAAGGAAAAGUUAGAGCCAGAGCAAGAGUUGCCAAAACAUUGGAAGAAGCAAAAGAGACAAAACCAGGAGAGAUUCUCAUUACAAAAUACACGGAUAUCUGUUGGUCUCCAUUUUUCCCAAUUAUCAGUGGAAUUGUCACCGAGAUUGGAGGACUACUCAGUCAUGGGGCUGUUGUUGCAAGAGAGUAUGGACUACCAAGUUUGAUUGCAGUUUCCAAUGCAACAUAUCACUUUAAAACUGGUGAUCUUGUUGAACUGGACUCUAUUUCUGGCACAAUUAGCCGACUGGACACUAAUCAGGAAUAAAUUUAUGUAAUCAAUUUUUUUCAAAUAAAACUGUUUUAUGUGA